UCUUCAAAAGUCGGCAUCAUAUGGUGUUCUCUCUGGAUUGCCUGAUUUGCACGACGCAUAUCCACGCAUAAACGUAAGUCUCCGUUAUCCUUUACGAUAGUCACUAAUGGGGAUACCCAUUCUGCUGGUCCUAAAACUGGUUCGAUUAUGUCCAUGGCCAAUAGUUGAUUCAAUUUUUCUUCGAUUUUGUUGAGCAAUGCGAUAGGCGGUCGACGGACUCGUUGAGCAAUAGGAGUGUGACGACAAACCCCUUGUUGCGGCGACGCUGUAGUACUCUCAGUCGAAGAAGAACAUCCCUGUUCGCCGUUGACGUAGAAUGUCAUGUGCGAGGAUUCAGCGUGUUUACGAUAGAGGAGAAAAUCACGUUGUACAAAGUUUAGUUGGUCGUAUAAAACGAUUCUUUCUCGAAUAAUUGAGUACCUAGAAGAGAUUCAGACCCUAAAAUUAACUGAAUUUAUUCUUUAUCAUUCUUAAUCCUAGGAAUAACAUCAUCUUAAGACUAUUAUCACAGGCAUAUCUUUGGUUUGGUUUCGGCUACAAGCUGCAGGCAAACAGCAUCGCAUCCAUAUAUCAAGAAACGAAUCUCAAUAAUCGAAGGUUGACACCAAAAUAUGUGAGUCAUAUGUUCAUUCCUUAUAAAAAACAUGCUAAAAUAAAAAUUUUCAUAGCUUUAAGCAAUACACCACAAACCUGUGUUUGCUCUGAGGAAUUUGGCGCUCCCCACCCCCACAAACUUAAAGAUAUUUUGUACGUGGGUAUCGAUAUGGAAGAUCUUCACGAUUCGAAGGAUGGGUAUAAUUGCAAGCGUUGUAAUCGACCGAACUCAGCCGAGGCACAAAUGGUUGCUUGUGAGAAAUGUCACGAGUGGGAGCAUUUUGGAUGCGCGCAGGUAGAUGAAAGCAUACGAGAGCAGCGGUAUGUAUGCGUAGAAUGUAUGGGAAGCACUUCGAAUCAGCCAGCGGUGAAUGUGAAAACAUCUAAAGGGCCGUCGAAGAAGUCUGAUUCACGAAGCGUUAUGUCCACGCGAAGCAAAACAAAAAAAACUCUAUUAGGAGGAAGUGUAACUGGUUCGAGGGUCUCUGAAAGGGUAGCUGCAUUGGAGGCAGAACUGAAAAUAGUAGAAGAAGAGCGAUUGGCAAGAGAAGAAGAAGUGAAGGAGAAGGAAAUAAUGAAGAAGAAAGAAAUUGAAGAGAAACGAAGGCAAAUAGAGGAAAAACGACAACUGUUAGAAGAAGAAGCGCAGCUGCGACUGCUGCAAUUAGAAGAAGAGAAGGUAUUACAGGAAGAGCAGAAGAAAAUACGGCAAGAUUCCUUGGCAAAGAGAAGCAUACUGCUUCGACAAAUUGCCGAAAGCAACGCAGGAAGCAAAAGUGGGUCGGUCGUUGAUGUUCAGGAUAACGUUUCAUCCUGGUUAGAGGAACAAAACUUCACUGGAGGACCACCGGAGGGCGGUAAGGGUCGAGAUGAAAAGGAGGACAUCAUCGUACCGGCCCAGUGAAAAAGAUCGCGUACUCUGUAGCCAAACUGAGCCAUCCUAUGGAGGCCCGGAGUUCAGUUGCUAGCUCCGUGCACGGACAAAACGCACCGAUUGAAGACCCACCUUGCAGACGACUUGCAUAUCAACACACAUUGGAAGCGGAACAGAAGGUUCAUGAACCGUUGAGGAUAAAUAGCGUAUCAGCUGAGCCAAUGGCGCAAAUUCCCGUAGUUCGGCCCAAAAUAGUGCUUGGUGCAGAACAUAUUGCGGCCCGGCAGGUGAUGGGGAAAGAGCUUCCUACAUUCAGCGGCAGCCCAGAAGAGUGGCCUAUCUUUAUCAGCUGUUUCGAACAGUCGACAACUACGUGUGGGUACUCUGACGCGGAAAACUUGAUUCGCCUGCAAAGAUGUUUGAAAGGAUCCGCUCUAGAAGCCGUGCGAAGCCGCUUGCUGUUACCUUCUGGCGUCCCCUCAGUAAUCAAUACAUUACGCACCCUAUACGGUCGUCCGGAGAUACUCAUUCGGUCAUUAUUGAGAAAAAUUCAACAUGUAGCCGCUCCGAAACACGACCGUCUGGAAUCGGUUAUGGAGUUUGGAUUGGCUGUACAGAACUUAGUCGAUCAUCUGGAGGCAGCACAUCAAGAAGACCAUCUUGCGAAUCCAGUCCUAAUGCAGCAGUUGGUGGAAAAACUCCCGGGUCCUCUGAAGCUAGACUGGGCUUUAUUCAAAAAACAUUAUGAGAAGCCCACACUUCGAACAUUUGGACUAUUCAUGUCGCAAUUAGUUGUUGCGGCAAGUGAAGUGACGUACGACAUUCCUGCAUUGUACGGGGCAGCCAAGGGUGAACGGUACAAAACGAGAGAAAAGGUACACAUUCAAACCCAUGCUGCAGAAUCGGUGCCGAUGCCGAGUGUCUCGCCCGGCCCGUCUUCAUCAAACCGUAAGACUAACAAACCUUGUACAGUAUGCGAUCGUGAGGGUCAUCGAGUUAAUGACUGUUUUAAAUUCAAGUCGCUGAACGUCGAUGAACGAUGGAAAACCGUGCAACAAAAGGGGCUUUGCAGGACGUGUCUGAAUAGCCACGGUAAGUGGCCUUGUAAAUCAUGGCAAGGAUGUGGCGCGCCAGGUUGCCGAAAUAAGCAUCAUACAUUGCUCCACGCUCCGUCUCCUGUAACUCAUUCGAUCAAUGCUUCUUCAAAUGUUUCCAUAUCAGCACAAAGUACAUACACUAUGUUCCGCGUGCUACCUGUUGUUCUAUACCACAAAAGGCAGGCCGUGUCGGUGUUUGCUUUCAUCGACGAAGGAUCGGAGCUCACGUUUCUCGACGAGAGCAUUGCACAGCAACUAGGCGUAACGGGAGUCGUCGAGCCGUUAACAUUGAAAUGGACCGGAAACGUAACUCGACAGGAAUCCAAGUCACAAAAAAUACAGCUGGAGAUAUCUGGGAAAGCUGGGAAGACAAAAUAUAAGCUUGUUGGGGCUCACACAGUGGGCAAUUUGUCUCUACCUUCACAGUCUCUCCGGUACCAAGAGUUAGCGCAAAUAUUCCCACAUUUGAGAGGUCUCCCAUUACAAGAUCAUACGCUGAUUCAACCGAAACUUUUGAUUGGAUUCACGCAGAAAAAACUAUUUUAA